AUGGACCUACCUUGCGACGGAGAUGGGCUGUGCAUGGCUUGCAAGAAGAACUCACAGCCGGAGGACACUUUGACCUGCAAUAUUUGUACGACGCCGUGGCACGUCGAUUGCUUGUCUGAGAAACGCCGGCCUCAGACCAUGUCCGAUGUUGCUCAAUGGGACUGUCCCGAUUGCAUCAUUGACGGCGGCGGCGGCGUCGCCCCUGUUUCUGCCGUCAGUGCGGCUUCUGGGUCUCAGCAGUCUGAAUUGCUUGCGGCGAUUCGGAUGAUUGAGAAUGACGAUUCUCUGUCCUCUGAUGAAAAGGCUACGCGAAGACAGCAGCUAGUUGAUGGACGCGCUGCUGGUGGCAAAUUGGAAGACAAAUUCGAGGAGAAGGGUAAUAAUUCCAGCAGAACUAACGAUGUGCUUGAUCUUCUUGACAAGAAGAUUAAUUGCUCCAUUUGCAUGUUCCUUCCCGAUAGGCCUGUUACGACGCCGUGUGGUCACAAUUUCUGCUUGAAGUGCUUUCAAAAAUGGGUUGCUCAAGGGAAGAACACAUGUGCCAACUGUCGCAAUUUAAUACCAUCCAAAAUGGCAAAAGAACCCAGGAUUAAUUCUGGACUAGUCUUGGCCAUUAGAACUGCCAAGAUGCUGAAUUCUAAUGCAGCAAGGAGUCCUCUGAAGCCAGUCCAUUUUCUCCACAAACAAAAUCGACCAGACAAGGCAUCUGUUACUGAACGUGCAAAGAAAUCAGUAAAGGCGAAUACUUGUGGUGAAAAGAUUUUUGUUACCAUUCCUCGUGACCAUUUUGGACCUAUUCUGCCUGAACAUGAUCCUCAACGGAAUCGUGGUGUUGUUGUUGGGGAGACAUGGGAGGAUAGGAUGGAAUGUAGGCAAUGGGGUGCUCAUUUUCCUAUUAAUGCUCGAAUUGCUGGACAGUCAGAUUAUGGUGCUCAGUCUGUUGCAUUAUCUGGAGGCUAUGAAUAUGAUGCAGACCAUGGUGAUUGGUUUCUUUACACAGGAAGUGGAGGGAAGGAACUUAGUGACAACAAAAGUGCAAAUAGGUUUCAGUCAGUACACCAGAAAUUUGACAAGAUGAAUGAAGCAUUGCGGGUCAGUUGUCUCGAAGGUUAUCCAGUUCGAGUUGUGAGAUCCCACAAGGAGAAACGAUCCUCUUAUGCACCAGAGAAAGGAGUUAGAUAUGACGGAAUCUACAGAAUUGAAAAAUGUUGGCGCAUAGGUGGUAAGCAAGGCUUUAAGAUGUGUCGAUUUUUAUUUAUUCGUUGUGAUAAUGAUCCUGGUCCAUGGACAAGUGAGACCCGAGAGGAUCGCCCAAGGCUUCUGACCAUUAUUCCGGAGUGGAAGGAAGCAACAGAUGUCACAACAAGAAAGGGAUCUCCUGCUUGGGAUUAUGAUGAGGUAAAAGGUUGCUGGAUGUGGAAGAAGGCACCGCCAGAAAGUCGAAUCCAUUUAGACGUGUGUGAUGAUGAGAGUACUAAAAUUAGGAAAGUAAGACAUAAGAAAAAUUUGUCUUUCAAGGAAAAGCUUCUGAAAGAAUUUGGCUGUCUUAUCUGCCGCAAAGUGAUGGUGCUUCCUGUUUCUACCCCAUGCGGACAUAACUUUUGCAAAGCAUGCUUGCAAGGUGCCUUUGUAGGUCAGUCUUCUGUAAGGGAGAGGAUAUCUGGAGGCAGAAGGACCUUAAGGGUUCAGAAAAAUAUUAUGAGAUGCCUACAUUGUAAAAAUGACAUCUCUGACUUCCUUCAGGAUCCACAGGUAAAUAGGGAGUUAAUGAAUGUGAUAGAAUCUCUUCGACGUAAGAUUGAGGAAGAAAAUGCAGUCCCUGCUGUCAGAGCUGGUGUCUGUGCCACAGGAUCUAAAGAAGAGUCUUCAUCUGCCAAAGCCAACGAACCUGAUUCCAUGCCAGACUUGAAUGAAGAAGCCUCUGAAGAUGAGGAAGAGGCUUCUGAAGAUGAAGAGGCAUCCGAAGACACUGACACUAAAUGUGACACACAUGCCGGGGACAAAGAUAAUCCUGAUAUAAGCUCCGGAGUUAUAGCCGAGGUUAAGGAUAAGGCUGAAGGGAUUGUACCAUCUUUGGAUACUAGCAACUCCACAGAUACGGCCAAUUCUAAAAUGCCCAACCCCGACAAAGUGAACUCUGCUUCUGUUGCAGAUGACGGGAUGGGAAGCUCCAAGAGGAAGACUGAUAGAGCCAGACUGUUUAUAACCUAUUCUAGGAGGAACAAGAAGCAACGGCGUAUGGUAUUACCAACUUUCCCCUAUUCUUAUUCCAUGCCCGUAUCUUCAGCAUUUUAA